CCACACCAGUGCUUGUUUUACUGUACUUGAACGUGUUGGCGGCCAUAGGAUUGGGAUUAUUAGCUUUGAACUAUGCCUGUUAGUAAAAAUGCAAAAAUCAGUCAGCAUGUCAAUUAUCGGAUAAGAUGUACUAUGCAAGAUGGCCGACAGCUUGUCGGAACAUUCAAAGCAUUUGAUCGCCAUAUGAACAUAGUAUUAUGUGACUGUGAUGAAUUUCGCCACGUGAAAAGCAAAACGGCAAAGCAGGACAAAGAUCGUCAAGAAAAGCGUGCUCUGGGUCUUGUCUUACUGAGAGGAGAACAUGUGGUAACCAUGAAUGUAGAUGGUCCUCCACCUCCUGAAGAUGCUGCUCGUGUCCCACUCCCUACAGCUGGUGGUUGGUCAACUGGCGUCAAACCGUUAACGGGUAUCGCUGUCGGUCGUGGCAUGCCUCUUGCUACACCCGCUGCAGCUAUUGCUCCAGUCCCACCUGCCGGUUUAGGUGGACCAGUAUGGGGAGUUGGAGCACCUGCACCAGGUCUGAUGCAACCUCGUGCCCUCCCUGGUAUGCCACCGCCACCACCUCCCCCAACAGGCGCUCCUCCAACUGCUGCUUUUGGCCGUGGGAUGCCACCGGUAACUGUUGGGAGGGGAUAUCCCCCACCACCUCCACCACCACCUGGAUACCGGUGAUCCAGUCUGAUUCCGGAUUCCUAUUUUGGAUAAUUAACUUGUUGUUAUCACUGAGCAGUCUUGUAAAAGCAUUUAUUUGUUUCAGUAUACUUUUUGAAAAAAAAUUGCGUCUAUAUUUCUUAUUUAAAUAGCCUCACCGAUGGUUUCUAUCUUGACGUAGCGGUUGGGCUCGUGUAUCACAG